GUCGGACGCUCCGACGCAAGAAGGAGCAGUGACGUAGCGGCGGAGCUGUUGGGGUCACGUGGCCAGGGGAAGAAGAAGGAAAAAAAGGGGGGGCCCUUAGGCGACCAAUGGGGAGGAGGCGUGCGCGGAGGGCGGGACUUAGUCGGGAAGAAGCCCCGCCCCUUCGCCUCAACCCGCCCUCCUGCCAGGUCGCCGGCCGGCCGGUCGAUCUUGCCUCAGGUUGGACUCCCGCUCGCCGCCUUCCUCCUCCUCCUCCUCCUCCUCCUCCUCCUCAUGCAGCCUUCCCGGGCCCCCGAGGCGGGCGAAACCGCCCCUGCGCCCGCCGCCAUCCAGAUUAGCAGGAUCAUGCGCCCCGAUGACGCGAACAUUGCCGGCAAUGUGCACGGAGGGACCAUAUUAAAAAUGAUCGAAGAGGCCGGAGCCAUCAUCAGCACCCGCCAUUGCAACUCACAAUCCGGGGAGCCCUGCGUGGCUGCCCUGGCUCGUGUGGAGCGCACGGACUUCCUUUCCCCCAUGUGCAUUGGUGAAGUGGCCCACGUCAGCGCCGAGAUCACUUACACCUCCAAGCACUCCGUGGAGGUCCAGGUGCAGGUGGAAGCCGAAAACAUCCUCACAGGUGCAAAGACAGUGACCAACAGGGCCACUUUGUGGUACGUCCCUCUUUCUCUCCACAACGUGAACAAGGUUUUGGAAGUGCCUCCAAUCCAGUUUGCGCAGAAGGACCAGGAGGAAGAAGGGAGACGACGUUACGAGGAACAGAAGCUGGCACGUCAGGAGACCAAAGAGAGGAACGGCGAUGUCAUUGUGCCCGUGAUCAAUCCAGAGCCCUACACCGUUGGAUACAGCCAGUCAAGUCUCAUCCAUUUGGUGGGACCAUCUGAUUGCACCAUGCAUGGAUUUGUUCAUGGAGGGGUGACCAUGAAACUCAUGGACGAGGUAGCUGGAAUCGUGGCUGCUCGCCACUGCAAAACCAACAUCGUCACGGCUUCUGUGGACGCCAUCAACUUUCACGAGAAGAUCAAAAAGGGGAGCGUGCUCACCAUUUCCGGCCGCAUGACCUUCACGAGCAACAAGUCCAUGGAAAUCGAGGUCUUUGUGGACGCCGACCGCUUUGUGGGGGAACCCCAGGACCCGUACCGGGCGGUCAGCGCCUUCUUCACCUACGUGUCCCUCAGCAAGGAGGGAAGACCCCUCCCCGUCCCGCAGCUGGCGUUGGAAACCGAGGACGAACGGCAGCGUUUCGAGGAAGGGAAAAUCCGCUACUUGCAAACCAAAGCCAAGCGCCAAGCACAGAUGCAGCCCCUCAGCCAACAGUGACACUCAGGCCAGAGACCUCCUCCAUCCCUACACCCAGUUGGAAGUGGGGGGGGGAGGACUGUGACAACGUCCCCGGGGUGGGGGCACCCCCUCCUUUCCGGCCAAGAUUCAUUCCGUCUUCUCUGCCACCAUCGUAGCUAGCCGGGUGGGCCGGGGGGGGGGGGGCGU